UUCAGCAACCGGAAAACAUCGGCGAGGUUCAGAAAGAAUUUAAAUGUUUGGUUCAAAGUUGACAGCAAGUUUUUCUUAUUUUAUUUGACUUUGAAUUCAUAGAUUUUUUUAACUUGGGGAAUUGUCCGAGAUGAUACAGGCUUUAAAAGGUGUCAGACACGUAACGUCCGGUACAAUGAAGCAAGCAGUUACAGAGCUCUGCGUACCAGUCCCAUGGGGGGAGAUCAGAGGUAAAGUCUGGGGUCCUGAUCACGGUCACCCAGUUUUGUGCCUGCAUGGCUGGGCAGACAACUGUGGGACGUUCAACACGCUGCUCCCUCUUCUACCUAAAGACUUCAGAUAUGUUGCAAUGGACCUGGCAGGUCACGGCUGCUCAUCCCACCGUCCUCCUGGAGUUCUGUAUGCCUUCCCCUCUUACGUGAUGGACGUGCGCAGAGUUGUUGAUGCUCUACAGUGGAGCAAAUUCUCCAUCAUUGGCCACAGCAUGGGUGGUAACAUAGCUGGAAUGUUCUGCGCUCUCUAUCCAGAAAUGGUGGAUGCCUUGGUGCUGCUGGAUUCCUACGGAUUCUUACCUACAGAUCCGAAAGAAAUGCCCAAAGUAUUACGAGAGGGGCUGGAUGAGAUGAUAGAGUUUGAAAAGAAGAUGGGAGAAAAGAAGACGAGACUUUACACUUACGAAAAAGCCGUUGAGAGGCUAUUGGCUGGAAACCCAAGUUUGUCUGAGGAGUCUGCAAAGAUCCUCCUAGAGCGAGGUCUAGUUAAAGUUGAAGGAGGAGUUCUGUUCUCCAGAGACUUUCGGAUCAACCUGAGGAACGUAGCACGGAUCAGUCUGGAGCAGAGUCUGGAGCUGCAGUCAAGAAUAGAAGCCCCUGUCCUUGUUGUUCUAGCAGAAAGUGGCUUUGAGAAAAUGUUUACCGAGCCUGAUCAGAAGAAAUAUACUUCAGCUCUUCUUCAGGCCUUCAGGGACCGACGUAACACGGUGGUGCAGGUUCCAGGCAAUCAUCACGUCCACCUGAAUGACCCUGAAGUGGUCGCACCGCUUGUGUCAGAGUUCCUGCAGAACAAAGCACUCUCAGCGUCAACAGGGUCAGACGUUGUUCAUCCUCCUAAGUUAUAGUGAACACACUAUAGAACAAACUUUCAUCUUUCAAAUUUGAUCAAUUUUUGCGAUUCAAGGUUGUGAAUUCUGCAUUAAUCCAGCUCUGUUUACUCUCGCUGCGGGGCUCAGAAGUAAAACCUCAAGAUGUUUUACUUGUGAUUAACUAUUGCAUUAAAUACACAUAAGUAUUUAACCUGUUUUAACAUGAUUUUCAUUUACUCAACUAGAAUCUGUGAUGACAGCUUCUGCCUUAUGAGCAAGUGAACAAACCAUGAGUGAGAACCAUGGUUCUCAAAGGAAUAAUUAGAUUGUGUGUCUUGCUCUGUAUCAAGGGCAGUCAGAGUAUAAAAUUAAAGAUCAAAAUGUAGAUUAAAUAAAGAAACACAUACAUUAAAAUUGUAAAUAUUGGUCUGAUAACAUUUUUAUUGUCAGGCCAAUAGUGUUUCCAUUACUUUUUUUAAUAAUGGAGU